AUGAAGAGGAGGAGAAUCGAGAUGAAAAAGAUCGACAACAGGGCUGCAAGACAGGUGACUUUCUGUAAGAGGAGGGGACUGUUUAAGAAGGCUAUGGAGCUCUCAACUCUCUGCGAUGCUGAAAUUGCUCUCAUUGUCUUCUCUUCUACUGGAAAGCUCUUUGACUACGCCAGCUCAAGUAUGCAGCAGGUGAUUGAAAGACAUAAUUUGCAUUCAAAGAAUCUCAGCAAAAUGGACAAACCAUCUAUGGAGCUGCAGCGUGCCAAUAGUACCAACACUUUGUUGAGCGAUGAAAUCGUGGGGAAGGCUCAUGAACUAAGGCAGAUGAAGGGAGAAGAGCUCCAAGGAUUGAAUAUAGAGGAACUACAGAAACUAGAGCAACUUCUCAAAGUAGGCUUGAGCCGCGUUUCAAAUACCAAAGUUCAGGUUGCUCAAGAAUUUGGACAGAAGCGUCCGUUCGCAGGGGCGUUCAGACGGCCAUCCGAACGUGCAGUUCUGGAAGGCUAG